AUUUUUUUUAUAUUGCAUCCUGAGGUUUAUAUACUAAUUAUACCAGGAUUCGGUAUAAUAAGUACUACAAUAUCAGCUAACUCUAAUAAAUCCGUAUUCGGUUACAUCGGUAUGGUCUAUGCCAUGAUGUCAAUUGGAGUUUUAGGAUUUGUAGUAUGA